CGGGCCCACAACUCGACACGCGUCAAAUUCUGACGCCGUCCACGUCCCCGUGGGAACAGCGUGCAAGCCCAAGAGCUUAAAAUAGAACAAAGCCCUCGCACUCCUAAACCGAAACACCAUCAUAUUAAAUGAAAUGAAACCCCAAUCCUUUAUCUACUUCAUCAUACGCUUUCUCUCCUCUGCGUUUGCGAUCACUGCGUUUCAAACUGAUCAGAAGAAUUUGGGGUUUUGCGGAGGAGGAGAUCAGAUUCCAAUGGCCACUCUCGGAGGAGUACGCGAUUCCCCCGCGAUUUCUGAGAACAGCCUCGAGAUCGACACCCUCGCUCGCUUUGCUGUCGAUGAACACAACAAGAAAGAGAAUGCAUUGCUUGAGUUUGUGAAGGUGGUGAAGGCACAAGAACAGGUUGUUGCUGGUACUUUGCACCAUCUCACUGUAGAGGCUAUUGAUGCGGGAAAGAAGAAACUCUAUGAGGCAAAGGUCUGGGUGAAGCCGUGGUUGAACUUCAAGGAAUUGCAAGAAUUCAAGCAUGCUGGUGAUGCGACCUCAUUUACCCCUUCAGAUCUUGGCGUUAAGAAAGACUGCCAUGGCCCAGGAUGGCAAGCAGUGCCAGUACAUGAUCCUGUGGUCCAGGAUGCUGCAAACCAUGCUGUGAAGACCAUCCAGCAGAGGUCCAACUCUUUAUUUCCAUAUGAACUUCGUGAGAUUCUUCAUGCAAAAGCUGAGGUUAUAGAGGAAUCUGCCAAGUUUGAUAUGCUUCUGAAGGUCAACAGAGGAGACAAAGAAGAGAAGUUCAAGGUUGAGGUGCAUAAGAAUCAUGAAGGUGCUUUCCAUUUGAAUCAGAUGGAGCCGGAUCACUCCUGAUUCUGAUGCUUGUAUGAAAAGCAGCAUAUGGAGCCAGAUCAUACUCUGUAAUACUCAAGAGUAAUGGUAUCCAUAUCUUUGGGCUUCCGCAAAAAAAAAAAUUAUGUUAAUGACUUGUGUGUAUAAUAACACCAGUAGGUGAAUUGUGUCAAAUAGUGCACUUCAGACAAUGCUUUUAUGCAUGUCUUGGUGACAAAACUUGUCCUGUUGUUUCGAUAUCGAAUUUUGUUAAUUAUAAGCACCUGAUGGAAACCUUAUUAAUGCUAACCCUUAAUAUUCUGUCAUGUAAGGUCACCAAUGCAUGUAUGUCCCUUAGGGUUGAAUUGAAAGCUCCAUUAUAUGUACAUGCUGUUUACCAGAAAAAAGCUCCAUUUUAU